UGUGACUGCCAGUCUCUUCCUAGCCUCCCACGGAGCUGGCCUCAAUCCCGGCUCGCCAUGUCCGGCCUCCAGGCUCUGUGCUCCGGCCUGCCCCUGCGUCCCCUCCCAGAGAACCGGGGACGCCGGGCUGGGGUCCCGCACGCCCCGGUCAGGACCCCGGGCCUCAGCCCGCGCGAGCAGCAGCUGGCGCUGAGGAACGCCCUGCGCUAUUUCCCGCCGGACGUCCAAGAGCUGCUGGCCCCCGAGUUCGCCGAGGAGCUGCGGCUCUACGGGCACAUCUACAUGUACCGCUUCUGCCCCGACAUGGAGAUGAAGGCCUACCCGAUCGGGCAGUACCCCUGCCGCACACGAGCCGCGGCCGCCAUCAUGCACAUGGUCAUGAACAACCUGGACCCCGCCGUGGCCCAGUUUCCCCAGGAGCUGGUGACCUACGGGGGCAACGGGCAGGUGUUCAGCAACUGGGCUCAGUUCCGGCUGACGAUGUCCUACCUGUCGAAGAUGACAGAAGAGCAGACGCUGGUCAUGUACAGCGGCCACCCGCUGGGGCUCUUCCCCAGCAGCCCCGGCGCCCCCCGGCUGGUCAUUACCAACGGGAUGGUCAUCCCCAACUACUGCUCCAGGACCGAGUACGAGAAGCUGUUCGCCUUGGGGGUCACCAUGUAUGGCCAGAUGACCGCGGGCAGCUACUGCUACAUCGGUCCCCAGGGAAUCGUCCACGGCACUGUGCUCACCCUGUUGAACGCCGCACGCCGGUACUUGGGUGUCGAGGACUUGGCCGGGAAGGUCUUUGUCACCUCUGGGCUCGGUGGAAUGAGCGGGGCUCAGGCCAAGGCCGCGGUCAUCGUGGGGUGCAUCGGCGUGAUAGCAGAGGUGGAUAAAGCCGCCCUGGAGAAGCGUCACAAGCAAGGCUGGCUGAUGGAGGUGACCGACAGCUUGGACCACUGCAUCGAGAGACUCAGGGAAGCGAGGACCAAGAAGGAGGUGCUCAGCCUUGGCUACCAUGGCAACGUGGUGGCUCUUUGGGAGCGCCUGGUCCACAUCCUGGACACGACGGGGGAGCUGCUGGUGGACCUCGGCUCAGACCAGACGUCCUGCCACGACCCGUUCAAUGGCGGCUACUACCCCGUGCAGCUCGGCUUCACCGAGGCCCAGAGCCUCAUGACCUCGGACCCCACCGCCUUCCGGCGCCUGGUGCACGAAAGUCUGCGGAGGCAGGUGACAGCCAUCAACAGGCUGGCCGAGGAGAACUUUUUCUUCUGGGACUACGGCAACGCCUUCCUCUUGGAGGCCCAGAAAGCAGGAGCGGACGUGGGGAAGAACGGGGACACUAGGACGGAGUUCCGCUAUCCCUCGUACGUCCAACACAUCAUGGGGGACAUAUUCUCCCAGGGAUUCGGGCCUUUCCGCUGGGUCUGCACGUCGGGGGACCCCCAGGACCUCGUCGUCACGGACCAGCUGGCCACGUCUGUGCUGGAGGACGCCAUUGCUGGAGGAGUGCAAGCGUCCGUGAACCUGCAGUAUAUGGACAACAUCCGCUGGAUCCGAGAGGCCGCCAAGCACCGGCUGGUGGUGGGCUCCCAGGCCAGGAUCCUGUACUCCGACCAGAAGGGCCGUGUGGCAAUCGCGGUGGCCAUUAACCAGGCCAUUGCACGGGGGGACAUCAAGGCGCCGGUGGUCCUGAGCCGAGACCACCACGACGUCAGUGGCACCGAUAGUCCCUUUAGGGAGACCUCCAACAUUUACGACGGCUCCGCUUUCUGUGCAGACAUGGCCGUGCAGAGCUUUGUGGGCGACGCUUUCCGCGGAGCCACCUGGGUGGCGCUUCACAACGGAGGGGGCGUGGGCUGGGGCGAGGUGAUUAACGGGGGAUUCGGCCUCGUGCUGGACGGGACCCCCGAGGCCGAGCAGAAAGCCAGGCUGAUGCUCAGCUGGGACGUCUCCAACGGCGUGGCCCGGCGCUGCUGGGCCGGGAACCGGAAGGCCUAUGACAUCAUCUGCCAGACCAUGCGCGAGAACAGCGGCUUGGAGGUGACCCUGCCCCACGAGGUCGGGGACGAGCGUGUGCUCCGGGAGGCCCUGGGGCUCUGAGCGGGGGGGGGCCACCGUCACAGCCAGGAGCCCCCGGCUGCGGCCCCUCCAGCCUCCCCUCCUCCCUGGACCGGCCACCGUGCGCCUUCCUGCCGGCACAGCCCCACCGCUGCCACCAGGCCCAUUUCACAGAUGGGCAUGUUGAGGCCCAGGAGGCCGGCGACAGUCUCGCUCAGGGCUGCUUUGUCCUCAAGCCUCCAGGGGCUUGGGGGUGCCAGCCGCGAACGCCGGCCGAGCUGGGCACCAGCCAGGGCCCUCCCGAGCCCCCCUGGGGUUCUCUGUAGCCGGGUUUGUCCCCAACUGGGCCUCCGGCACAGAUGAGAAAUAAAGGGGUAAACAGUC